UAAGAGGUGAAAGGUCAAGCGCGUGUGUUUGGAUCAUGAAGCGGGUUGAGAAACAUUAGCUUUUGUCAACUUCGGUCGUUGCUUUCAAAAUCAUACUGGGAUAAUUCGAUUUGUUAUAUAUCGUAUGCAUAGUAAACACAGCGAGAUUCGUUAUCUAACGGGCUUUAGUCGUUUAUUUUGAACUGUUGUUGUUUCACUUUGAUAAAAUAGACGGCUAAGCUAACGCAGUUUUCGCGGGAGUGUAGUGUUAGGUUCGUUGCACUGUGCGCGAGUGUUUAAACAGACCAAAACCUGUGUAUAUAAAGUGAAUUAUAUAAGAAAUUACACACCAUCUAAUUUAAGUGUUUAGUCAGUGUAAUGGCCGAAAGACCAGAGGACCUCAAUCUUCCCAAUGCUGUUAUAACGCGGAUCAUCAAGGAGGCGUUGCCAGAUGGAGUAAAUGUGUCUAAAGAGGCAAGACGAGCUAUUUCUCAGGCAGCGAGUGUUUUCGUUCUCUAUGCAACCUCUUGUGCAAAUAAUUUUGCUAUGAAAGCAAAGAGAAAGACCCUCAACGCUGGAGAUGUGAUGGCAGCAAUGGAAGAAAUGGAGUUUGAGCGUUUCUUACAACCCUUACGUGAAGCACUUGAGGCCUACAAGAAGGGCCAGAAAGGCAAAAAGGAAGCAUCAGAGCAGAAACGUAAGGACAAGAAGAAAAAUGGGACAGAAGAGAAUGACAAAAGUAGAGAUGAAGAGGAAGACGAGCACAUGGAUGAGGAGCAGGAUGGAGAAAAUGAAGGGGAUGAAGAGGAUGUGGAGAAUUGAGGCAGAUUAAUUUGCUUAAUCUGUCCUGGUUUCCAUUAACAAUAGCAAAUAACAGAAAUGUCCACUUUAAUAGAGGGAAAGUGUAAGCACUUGGCUGGUUAUGAAGUCUGUGGUACC